AUGGGUUCCCUUCGAUUUCUCCUUUUCGCGUCGAUCGCCACUCUGGCUUCCUGUCGCGAUGUCCCCGAUAACAUCAAGGCUUUCAAAGAGAGCAUCAUAAAACAAGGCUCUUGCAAUGAUACUCUCGCAGAAGGCUUCCACAGUGCCGACGGCGACGAUGGCUCAUACGUCUACUGCGGCGACCAUCUCAAGGACUACAAUGUGAUAUAUCUCCAGGGCACCAGAGGCAAGCUCGUCAACAUGGACAUCGACUGCGAUGGAGUCCAGGGCAGUUCUGCAGAUGAUGGACGCUGUGGCUCAUCAGGCGACACACAAUCUGUCACGUCCUUUCAAGACCAGCUCAAGUCGUAUGGCACGGACCAGAAGGACCUCGAUGCCAAUAUUCAUCCUUACGUGGUGUUCGGAAACGUGGGUACGAAGAAGAACUGGCCAACUUUCGAUGCGCAAAAGCACGGCAUCAAGCCAUUGAGUGUGAUGGCUGUUGUAUGCGGCGACAAAAUGUUUUACGGCAUCUGGGGCGACGAGAAUGGCGAUGAUGGUGAUGAAGCAAUGGUCGGAGAGGCCUCCAUCUCCCUUGCAACGGCUUGCUUCGGUGAUGGCAUGAACGGCGACAAUGGCCACGAUGAAGAUGAUGUAUUGUAUAUCGCCUUCCCUGGUAGCGACGCUGUGCCAGGAGAAGACGGUGCCGACUGGGACGCCAAAAACUUCAAAGACUUCGAAGAGAGUCUCGGUGGUGUCGGAGAUAAGCUGGUCGCUCGAAUCGAGGACACCGACAGUGGUGCCUCUUACUUAUGGCCUGGUACAUGGGGAAUGGGUCUACUCGUCGCCUCGGCUAUGGCUGCCAUGGUAGUUUGA